AUGCAACAGGACGACGAGGUCGAGAGUAGAGGCAGAGCCCGAGCCAAGAGACGAUUUUCUUUGAUUCUCCAAGACCUCGAAUACCAGCUAAUGUUCCUCAGUGCUUCAGUUGCUGAGCCUCCACGCACUCAAACGCCGAACCAGGAGGAGGCUUUCACGAGGAUAGACACCACCAAGCACUGGGCCAUUCGAUCGCCUCUUGAUGAAUACCGUGAGGAACCACAAGAAAGCAGAUUAGUAACAGUUUUCUUUAAUUCAACGUUAAGGUGCUUUGAAUGUGAUGAGGAACUUGACAGUCAGUGCCAAAUCUACAGAGGUAAAGCCCUCUGUUCCCAGUGCUUCCUAACCACUCCUGAGAUCGCCGUUUGUUGCGCAUGUCAUCACACAAUCGAGGAUCGCGUAGUGCUUGCUUUGGGUAAAGUCUGGCAUCCGCACCACCUCAAGUGCAGCAAGUGUGAGGAGAUUCUGAGCGGCGGAGGUCACUUUUACGAGCGCGAUGGGGAGCCCCUGUGUUUUCAUCACUUUCGUGGUCUCACCCAGGAGGUAUGCCACAAGUGCCACAACCUUCUCCCCGAGUGUCUGGUUGAAUUCACUAACAAGCUAUACUGCCUUAAGCACUUCACUUGUGAGUUUUGCGACAAACUACUGCAGCCUGGGUAA